UCUGGAGUUCUGAAAGUAGAGUUGAAAAAGGCAAUCCAAAAGGCACUCUUAAGUGCCUUCGUGGGCGUAGGCUCUAUAUACGUAUGGUCACUUCAGACGUUCAACAUUAUCGCACCAUCGGGCAGGGGGUCCCUGUUGCCAGUCCGCCGAUAUACGAGAAAAGCCAGCCAUAGUGGCAAAGCGCUGGCUGCAUCAGCCUGGAUAUGGAAAUGGAUAAACGCGGUCUGGGGUGCUCAUUGGACGUGUUGAAUCGGAACAUCUCGACUCUUGACAUGGAUUUCAAUCCCUUAGCCAAUAAGAUUACAUUCCACUUUCCCGGCGCUUAAGGUGCAAUAGGCUGUGCAACAGAGAAUCAUCCGGGAUCACCCAUUGAAUUUUGGUACUAUAUCCGUAUUUUGCCCUUAUUUAGCAAGCUGAUUAUCCAGGAGUUCAACGGUGGACCGAGGGCUUAAACUGCAGCUACUAUUCUCAUCCUGUUCUCUCCUCUUUCCCUAAACCCGGAGUGAUUGCUUUGGAACGAUCUUAAGGCUUUAUACUUGGUGUCGGAUAUGGGCCGCAAGAAGAACUCCGCGCGAAAAAACAAAGAGCCGCAAUGGGACGAGAUAGACAAACACCAGCUCAUCGGUUGCUUAGACCACCUCCUGUAUGACAGAGAAAUAACGGACAGUAGGGUCAUACGGGAAGAGAUCAAGUUGUGUCUCCAACGUUCACGCGGUAAAAAUUUCGCCAUUGGCAGAAUCUCAGAGAAACUGCAGGAAAUUCAGAACGAGCACUCCCACGGAAUCCGGCGGGGAACACUUCUCACAAGAGGGAGUAAGGUUUUGAAAGAUAUAGACCAUGAAGAAGUGAAGAGAUUUGCGGGAGAGCUGAAGAGCCAGCAUACUGCCUCAAUUCUCCAGUCUGAUGGCCGUCGUCUCCGGAACACCCCUAAACGGGCAGAACUGCGUGCACAUCUGAGGCCCCAUGCAAACAUCGUGACUCGAAGCAUGUCUGCUGUGCGAUCGAUGUCCGAAACUCCCACACCAAAUAAGGUUAAGCGGAAACGCAGCACUAAGACUGAAAAGAGCGAAAGGCCAUACGCCGAAACACAGCUGGCCCUGGGAGAGAAGGCUCCCCCAGAAAAAGCCACCCAACUACCCAUCACGCGCGGAAGAAGUGCAUACCAAGUCCUCGGAGCACGCCUUCACAGGGAGCUAUCUGUACCAGAUAGCCAAGAAGCCUACAGCACAACUGAGAAUGGCCGGAGUCCACAAAGUAGAAAUGUUGACAGCCGCCGAGAGCUAGAGCAUGAGUAUAAAAUGGAACUAAUGCGGCUUCAAAAGGAGCUCAACGCUAUGCAAGUGAAACUAGCGGACGCAAAGAAGCUGCGCGAUGCAGCUCUCGGAAAUUUAGCAACAACCCGAGAGAAACAUGACGAAGCAGUCCAAAAGAUAAAGGCGCUAAAGUGCACGAUAGCUGAGAUAGACCCAAAGCGAGGAAACAUCGCUAACAAGGUAGUGUACCAAGAAGAGAGGAUACUCGCUCUGGAGCGUGCGCUUCAACAGACACGAAUGUCCGCCUCUUUCGCAGGGCUGCUCGCGCAAAGUGAUUACAGUCCCCCAGCAAGUAUUGUUGAGGAGCUCAUGCAAGAAAUUGAAGGUGAAAUGCGACAAAUUUUAUUUGCUUUUGAUGCCUGCCCAAAAAUGCAUUUAAUCAACCUGGAGAACAGGGUUGAAUCAAGGACUCUUUUGGCCCGAAGUCUUGAUGUGGAUUGUAGCCAAAUGGGCUCUCCCGGAAAGUUGCCUGUCGACCUGCAAUAUCUCGGUCUGAGAACUAUUGUUCAUGCGAUUACUGCUGCCGCACUGUGUGAUUGGGUAUUUGGGCAUGAUUUUGAACACCCUCCGCUCUUGCUCGACAUGUAUCGACACCAUCUAUUGCUAAUGGGCACGCAGUCAUCGGUGCAAAAUCUAGACCUUGUUGCUCACAAGAGUCUCUUUGAAAGUAAAGAAUAUCAAGAAGUCAUUAUUCCUCUGCGGGCAGAGCAUCUAGCAGACCACCUGGCUACGGCGCUCUCUCCGUUUUCCAAUGGCGAAUCUGGGGACUGGGAACUAGACAACCAUAAAAAAAAAGACUUGAUGGAUUGUUUGACAGACAUAUUUGAAUUGGCUCUGAAGCUUAAAGUACAUCUUUUACCCAGCGGCAAGCAAUAUUUUUGCCUACUCUACCCUCCUGGGUCAAAAUUUGACCCAAAGGCUAUGGUGCCUGAAAGCAGACAUGGGGAUCGGGCUAUUCCAUAUCCUGAUGAAUUAUCGGAGAUCGAAGUAUGCGUUUUGCCAGCAAUAUAUGCCCGCAGGAAGGAUGAUGGAGGGUUCAUCAGUUAUCAGUUCACAGUUCAAAACAGCAUGGGCCUUGAAGCAGAUGUUUGCCUGCUUCGAAAGGCGGUUGUGGUUGUGAGAUAUAACUGA